AAAAUGUUUCUACCUUCACUAAAGAAGUUUGUAGUUUAUGGUGCAAUAGAAGUUCUGUAUUCAAUUCUUUUUGGUAAUGAACCUCCAGCUACUUGUUCAAUUCCAAAUUGAUUUGAAGAUUUCCUCAAAUCCAGAAGCUAGUUGGUUGAUGGAAUUGUGAGAGAAGCAGAGGAAGAAACUGAGUUUGAGCAGCUGGAGUACUGGAGUUGUUCCUCAUCACUUGUUUUGUUCCCAAAAUAAGAAUGAGGAUAGUCGGACUGACCGGAGGGAUUGCUUCAGGGAAGAGCACUGUCUCCAACCUUUUCAAGGCUCAUGGUAUUCCCGUUGUCGAUGCUGACAUCGUAGCUCGGAACGUUUUGAAGAAAGGAACAGGUGGUUGGAAAAAGGUUGUUGCCGCAUUUGGUGAGGAUAUCUUACUGGAAAAUGGAGAAGUUGAUCGUGCAAAGCUAGGUCAAAUAGUAUUCUCUGAUCCGGGAAGACGUCAGCUUCUUAAUAGGUUGCUAGCACCAUUUAUCUCACGUGGUAUUUUAAUGGAAGUUUUGAAGCUGUGGAUAAAGGGUUGCUCCAUAAUUGUUCUUGAUGUUCCUCUUUUGUUUGAGGCCAGGAUGGAUAAGUGGACUAAACCCAUUGUUGUCGUUUGGGUUGAUCCUAAGACACAGCUGCAGCGGCUCAUGAUUAGAGAUGGAUCAAUGGAGGAGGAUGCCAAAAGCAGAAUAAAUGCACAGAUGUCCCUGGAUCUUAAGAGGUCACAGGCAGAUAUUGUGAUUGAUAACACCGGUUCACUGGAGGCUUUGCAUGAACAGUUCCAGAAAGUGUUAACUCAGAUUACAAGGCCCUUGACGUGGACUGAGUUUAUGCUCUCAAGAAAGGGAACUUUUCUGGCGUUGUUCUCCAUUUUUGUCGGUGUUGCUAUUUGCAAGAGAAGUCCAUGAAGAUACUUGUUUGAGACGUUAAAGUUGAAGUACGAUAAUUUGAUUGUAAAUUUGGACUGAUUCAAUGAACGGAGGGAUUCUGCUGCUUUUUGGAAUUUCUUUGGAGCAUC